AUUUCGUAAGUAAUGAAAAAAUUUAUUUUAUGUUAUACGAACGCGCGGUGUAUCAUGGGUAGGGUUCAAAUUCAAGAUGGCGGCCGCACAUGGAGUUCUUCGUCAGUUGUGUCGCGGAAUAUUUAAAAGUUCAUCGGUGAAAGAGUCGUUGUCAUGCUUCCGUCAUUUUGCUUUACGUUCUUUAACAUCCAGACCACAAGUACUUUGCUCUCUUUACUCGACGUCCUUUUCAGAGACAGACGUACAAAGACCAGAGUUUCGUGAUUUUGCUGAAACAUUAAAGAAAAAAGUUGCCAUCAAAGAAGAUGAUGUUUUGGACCACCCAGAUUAUUUCGAAGUCAAUAAAAUGUUUACGAUGAAAGAUUUAUUCGAUGGUGGGGUUCACUUUGGCCACCACGAAGGAUGUUGGAAUCCAUUGAUGAAGCCAUACUUGUAUGGCAGUAGAGAGCACAUGCAUAUAAUAGACCUUGAUCAAACUGUCAAACAUCUCCAGCUAGCUCUUAAUGUCUUAAGUCACAUUGUAUACAGAGGUGGAAACAUCCUGUUCAUCUGCACUAAACCGCAAUUCGAAGAACUGACCCAAAAACUAGCACGAGAAAGUGGAGAGUACUUUGUUACCCGACAAUGGCGAGGUGGUACAUUCACCAAUUCUCACAUGGUAAUAAACACAAGGAAACUUCCAGAUGCAGUUGUUUUUCUUCACCUUCCGUCAUUAGGACGAAAUACCCUAGCCGUCAAAGAAACAGCUAUGUGUAAUAUUCCAAGCUUUGCGAUUGUCGACAGUGACUGCAACCCAAACCUUAUAACAUAUCCUAUUCCAGGAAAUGAUGACAGUCCAUCAGCUAUGAACCUUUAUGCAAAAUUAUUUAAAACAGCUAUUUUAAAAGCUAAGGGAAAGAGGAAGGUGUUUCAGUUUUCAAAGAAAAAGCGAGAAAAAGGAUUUUCAGAUGAAAUGGAAGCUGAUGAAUACAUCUAAAUGCAUUACAGCAGAGGAGUUUUACAUCUUAAUCUGGCUGUCGUGUUUACUCCAAUGAAAAGAAAGCUUAUAUGUUUAUUGCUGAAUGAAUUAAUUCUGGAGUGUUGGAAGGCAAAAGCAUAUUGUUCUAGCUAACAUGGCUGUUGCCUGAGAAUGGAACAUUAAUGAUGAAUUCUCUUUCAGAAAUUUAAAGUUUUUAGGACUUAUGGAUAUGGACCUUUUAGCUUGGCUGUAAUUUUUCCCUUUUCAGACCAUGUGUCAUUCCCUUGAGUAUUAUUCCUGUUUCAGUAACAUCAAUACAUCUGCUCAAGCGUUACUAGUAAACAAAGGAAUCAAUCUCAAGGGAAUGACUUGUGUUGUGAAAAAGAAUAAUGAAAGGUCCAAGUUGAGAAGAGAAUUGUAUGUAUUGAUAGUGAGCAAUGCUGGAAAUUGUGAUUAAAGUGGACUUUAUUUGUCAAA